AUGUCCGAGGCCUACGAGCGCGAAAGGCAAAACGACUCCCGCCUAAACGAGCUUUCCGCCAAAGUAUCUGCCCUGCGCGGCGUCACCGUCGACAUCUACGAUCACGCACGUGCCCAGGAUGUCAUUGACAACACAGUAUGGCUCCUGCCUCACGCUCCCCCCAUGAAGAAGGACCUGAACCCAUCCCGAAGCACAUCUAACGAGCCUCCAGAAUGA